GUGAAAACGGCGUGUCUCUUUAGCAUAUUGCUUUUUUGUGGAAAGUUCCACGUUAUCACGAUGGGUUUUGGUGUUCGUGUUCAGUCAGGAAUCGGGUUCGUGGUGCCAACAUAACCGGUCGCGGCUAGAGAUAUUUUCGGGAAAAUCGUGGCUGGAGGAAAAAAAACGAAUUGGAAACGUCGUUUGUUGUGCGACGGUAAAUCGGCUCGUCGAAUUUCCGUUCGAUUUCCGUCGGGUUGUUCGGCGUCCACGGUCCACACGGAGGAACGUUCUCGGGUUGAAAGUUGGUGUUUUGAUGUUUGUAGUUCCGGCGAAGUGGAGCAACGAAACAGACCACGGGGGUCGCACGCGGGGUACCGAUACGCGUGUUACGGUGUGCGCGGAUAUCGUAAAUAAUUAUUUUUUUAAACCCCGUCCCAAUCGCAGUCGCGGUUACAAUCGAGAUCCUGCACAUAGCAUAGCGUGACUUUCGUGUACGAAUUAUCCACGAGGCCGGCUCGAUUAUCGAACUCUGUUAAAUAUGGCGAACAGUGUAGCACCAGAUUCGUGGGAACAGCAGGCGGACAACGGAGACAUCGGCCCGCCGCAGGACAAGUCCAUCGAGAGCAAAUUCUCGACUUUGAACGUGAACGCUGCGGAAUUCGUGCCUUCAUUCUGCAUUCAUUCUUCGCCGCAGGAUAGUAACGCGGCCGACAGUUCCUGCAAUGUCGCUGUCAUGACGAAUAGUGUAACCACCUCUGUGCCCCCUGAAAUACAUCAUGGCAGUACCACUCCAGUGGUUCUAACAGAUCCAAUUGGCAGCCGCGUGGAGGAACCGCCUGCCGGGGGAGGGGCUCCACCUCCAAAUGUCACUGAUCAAAUAAAUACUAGUCCUGAGCAUCAACCAGCUGAUUCCUGGGAAGAAGCGGCAGUGGAUGGAGAUCCUCUGUUAACUCCUGAAGAUGAAGAAGUGGACAAUGAGGAAGACGAAGAGAUGGUUGUUAAAGUACCUAAAAAGAAGCCUGUUAAAAUAACGGAAGAUACUAAGAGUAAAAAGGAACAUGUUAAUGUUGUUUUUAUAGGACACGUUGAUGCAGGGAAAUCAACGAUUGGUGGACAAAUCAUGGCAUUGACGGGGAUGGUAGACAAGAGAACCCUCGAAAAGUACGAGAGAGAAGCAAAGGAGAGAAGUAGAGAGACGUGGUACUUGAGUUGGGCACUAGACACGAAUCAAGAGGAACGGGAAAAGGGAAAGACGGUGGAAGUUGGCAGAGCGUAUUUUGAAACAGAGCGGAAGCAUUUCACGAUCUUAGACGCUCCCGGCCACAAGAGUUUUGUACCGAACAUGAUCGGCGGCACAGCACAAGCUGAUCUCGCUGUUCUAGUUAUCUCUGCGCGAAAGGGCGAGUUCGAAACCGGCUUUGACAGAGGUGGUCAAACAAGAGAACACGCUAUGCUGGCUAAAACCGCUGGCGUGAAGCAUUUGGUUGUGUUAGUAAAUAAGAUGGAUGAUCCGACCGUGGAAUGGGAUGAGGGGAGGUACAAUGAAUGCAGAGACAAAAUACUGCCAUAUCUUCGCAAACUGGGAUUCAACCCCGCAAAAGACCUCACGUUUAUGCCAGUUUCUGGACAGCUAGGCAUCGGCUUGAAAGACCCAAUACCGGAUCACCUCUGUACGUGGUACACUGGUCCACCGUUCAUAUCCUUCAUCGAUUCGCUACCUUCGCUUAAUCGUAAGAACAACGGGCCCUUUAUCAUGCCAAUUGUUGAUAAAUAUAAGGACAUGGGAACAGUGGUGAUGGGCAAGGUCGAGGCGGGAGAAGCGAAGAAAGGGCAGUCACUACUCGUUAUGCCUAACAGGACGGCAGUGACGGUAGACCAAUUAUGGUCGGAUGACGAGGAAGUGACAUCAGUAGGUCCAGGCGAGAACGUUAAGAUCAAGUUGAAGGGGAUCGAGGAGGAGGACGUGAGUCCCGGUUUCGUCCUCUGCGACAGUAACAAUCCCAUUAAGACAGGAAGAGUGUUUGAUGCUCAGGUGGUAAUCCUAGAGCACAAGAGCAUCAUCUGCGCAGGCUAUAGUGCUGUGAUGCACAUCAAUUGCGCGGCCGAGGAAGUCACAGUAAAGGCACUGAUCUGUCUUGUGGAUAAAAAGACGGGCGAGAAGAGCAAAACCAGGCCGAGGUUCGUCAAACAGGACCAAGUGGCCAUCAUGAGAAUCGAGUGCUCCGGUGUCAUAUGCCUUGAAAAAUUUAAAUUGUUUCCACAGUUGGGACGUUUCACCCUCAGGGAUGAGAAUAAGACUAUCGCGAUCGGUAAGGUGCUGAAAGUGGUAGAGUAAAUGUUGCUCAACUGUAACCACGGAUGGGGAUUUAUUAAUCAAUUUUUUGGGAAAACGACGAACGAACACAUGCAGAAGAGUACGCAAAGCCGAACACAGUACGCACGAGAAAAACUAAAAACAAACAAACGAAAAAAUACUAACAAAGGAGCAAAACGUUAAACCAGCGUAACAAGAACUAUUUGCGAGCUACCGUUAAUUGUAACAUACACCCAUCUACACGCAAAAGAUGCAAGUAAAUGAAAAAAAAUAUGGAAAAAGGAAUUAUACGAAGUUCUGCGUCAAAUGAGAAAAAAAAGAAGCACAUUACAUCGUAUGCACAGACAGUUGGGCUGGGGUUUGGGGAAAAUCACGUCGGGGGGGAGGGUGGGGUAUUUAUAACCUGAAAUAAAGAGAAAAAAAAGCAAAUAGAUUUGAUUAUAUAGAUAAAAAGAAAAAAAGGAGACAAGCAGCUAAAGUUAAAGUAAAUGAAACUCGAGAGCGCGCGCGUGUUCCUUUUAAUUAGGUAAGCGGAACGACAGACACUCGCAGCGGAGUUUAAUUAUAUGAAAAUCGAAUAAUGAUCAAACGAUGGAACCGGUGUCUCCUUUGAAUAUUGUAAAACACGAUAUUUUUAUUCUUCUGAGGUGCGAGACAUUGAACGAGGGACAAGGGGGAGUGAAGGAUCACCGAUUUACCGCGAGUAAAAACAAACUAAGUAAAAAAAAUAACAAAUAUUAUUAAUAUUAUUGUAAUGAUUAUUGAAUAAUUAUUAUUAACAAAUUUGGUGGUAAGAAAAACUGAGAAAGGAAAGAGGAGAGGCAGAAAAUUUAUUCAAAUAAAAAUCAGCUGAAUAGUGUUA